AUGAGUGUGAAUAGCAGAGUAGCGAAAUUGAUGAAAUUCAAUGAAGUUUACAUUGAUGAUGAUGUGGUCAACGUACUAUCCCAGACAGUUAAGCUAUCUCUUCACAAUAAGAAAGUCCUUCGGGUACUUCCCAUUACUUGUGAUAUCCUAUGCUUCAAGCUGAAUGACAAGAUAAAGUUGUUGAAUCCGAUUACAAAACAAGUACGUGAAUUAAUCGGACCGUUUGCAGGAAUGGAGGUUCAAGGUUUACAACAACAGCUGAACUUGAAAGGAAUAGCUUGUGUUGAGGAUGAACAAGUCGGGUAUUGCUCUUGGAGUCGUGUUGACACGGGUACACUAUGUCUGACGGAUGAAGAAUUAGUCUUCGUUUCUCGGAAGUUCCAUUUAUGGGCUUUUCACCACCGUGCAAACGGUGAUGGAUAUUGGAGAAAAUAUAUGAAGUUAGUUUACAGUUUCCAUUCACAAUCCGAUAUAGUCCAUUUCGUCAACAUUUUGAUCAUCCGUGGCGUCGAGAUUGGAACCUCAUCUUAA